ACACUACAUUCAUAGGCAAUGGUCACAAUUGUUAAGAUCGUUUACAAAUUACCGUUACGUUCUGUUGGUAAAGCAUAUCACAUUAUGACAGAUGACGGAUAAAUUAGUGAUAUUUAAAAUGCAUUAUGACUGUAAACAUUAGCGUAAAGUGUAAUCGAUUAAAUCGAUGAUUUCGAUCAUCAUCACCGAAAAAACAACUGUACAUUUGAUUCUCAAUGCACUUAUGAAAGAUUUGAAUUUAAAAUGAAAAAAAUUAUUCAUUCGUUUUUUUCAUAUCAAUCAAUCAACAUAUCUAUUCGAUGUUGGAAUUUUAUGUAAAUUUUUCGAAACUCAUCCAGACUAAAAAAAAUCGAAUACAACAGGAAAUUACAAAUUCUAAAAGCGAAACUUCGAAUUUUUCAACAACAAAAACAAAUUACAAUUUCAAAAUUGCAUUAAUCAUUCGGUUGAAAAACAUUGUGACCAACGAAUAAUAAUAAAGUGUUGACAUUUUGGAGAAUUGGCUAUAGCGAAAAAAGAAUCGAAAUAUCAAUCUUCAUUUUUCAUUUCAUCACUCAUUUUUUAUUCGAUGGAUCCAAAAUCUAAAUCAAAAUCGACGUUGAAAUUUUCGUCUACGAAACAAUCAUCAUCAUCGAAUGAUCAUUUGGAGCAAGCGGAUCAAGAUUAUAAUUCAAACAAAUCGACAAAUUAUAAAGAUUUUAUCGAACAUCGAUAUAUUUGUUCCAUUUAUGCUUGUUUUUCCGUACAAUGUUCAUUGGUUUUUCUCUCUAUCCAUGUAGCACAAUGGUUAAGCGCAGAAUUUUGUCGUGAACAAUCAAUCGAUUUAGCAAUCAUAUUUGGUUUAGCGACAAUAGUUUUUUAUAUUAUUCUCUGUUUUAGACCAUUAAAUCUUAAUAUUCGUAAUGAUAAUAAUAAUGCUGAAAGCAAAUUUCUUUGGUUAGAUGCCACUUUACAGAUAAUUUUCACACUAUUGCUAUGCAUAUGGCUGACAGUGGUAAGUUUUAUCCAGAUAAAAAUAUUCAAAUUUGAUGGCAGAAAUAUUAUCAUACCAAUGUUGGUGAUGGUCUUCUGUUGGUGUGCAUUAUUAUCAUUGGUACGUUGUUGGUAUCAUUAUAAUCAAUUUACUGUGGUGGAUACAUUUGGCAAGUUUUUUAGCCUACAUUCAAACAAUAUGGCCAAUGGUUUACGACAAGUAUUUUUUAUCGAAAUGUUAAUUGCCUCAUCAAUGAUGUUUUUACAAGAAAAUGUUCAUGGAUGUCUAGCCAUACAGUUUGCAUUUCAUUUGGCAUUCUUUUUGAUUCUUUAUUUAUCAUAUGGAACUCGAUUAUUUUUAUCGUCAUCUAAAUCACAUAAUUAUGGUCGUUAUCAUGUGAAUAAAAUUCUUAUCGGUUUAUCAUGGAUCUAUACAUAUCCAUUUCGAUAUUUUUGCCAUUUAUUAUGGUCCAAAAUUAAGGCACGAAAAUAAUGAUGACACACAGCGCACGACGACAUUGGUCAAGUUGGUUAGAUUUUAUUUUUAUAUUCAAAUAAACUAUACCGACCACCACCAACCACGAUAUUUUGAAUUUAAUUUCCAACAAUUUAAUUAUAUACAGUAAUCAUAACAUAUUGUUCAAAUGGUUUGCUAACAAUGAAUAUAAUGUUGUCAACUGCUUGAUGAUGAUGAAGAUGGUACUAAAAACUUUGUGUGUGUGUGAAUGGCCAUUUAUUACUGCUGAAAUUUAAGCUGAGAAUUAAAUUUGGUUUAAAACAUUA